AUGGAAAGCUCUUCGCCAGCCCCGUUUAAAGCGUUCGAGAAAGGAACUGCUGCCGACAGGAUUCCAUCCUUCCUUCCUAACAACAUGCAACAUGGCGGUUUACCAAAUGAAACCCACUCGGCACUCCAGACUCAUACUGUUGUAUCAAAAGACGAGGUCAUCCCUUCUGGGAAUAGCAACGACAGCAACCAGAAGAAAGAUGGUCAUGUCCGCAACCGAAAGUACAAGAAAGACAGCAAACAUCAAGCAACUUAUAGCCUGGGGCAUUCUAUCAUGUUGCCCUCGAUGAUCAACACUGCUACAGGCACUGGCUAUACUCAUCACUUUCAACCUUUCAUCGCUACUUCUCAGAGCACUAAGAUUGUGGAAAUUGUCCCUGUCUCGACUUUGACUUCAGAUCAAGAUAGCGGAGCCUUUACUCUUGCACACGACCAUCUUGAAGGCACCAAGCCAAUCACAAAGCUCGAAGGCAUUGACAGAUCCCUCGAAGUCAAUACCAAUAACCACAUUCCUGAGAGUUUCUAUGUCAUCUCUCCCUCCAUUGGAGAUGAUUCUAUGAUGGAGGAAAUACUCCUCGGGAUUGGAUCUCAGUUCGAGGCAUGCUCUUCUGUCUCCUCGAUCAACGCUGAUGAUCUAUUGGCUAUGAAAGGAACUUUGUCCGAAGAAUGA